AUGCGAAGCCGCUCAUCCUUAUCAAUCCUUAUCAAUUGCUUGUCUUCUUAUCGCGUCGUCAUCGUUGCAGCGUGUGCGACGCUGUCAAAAUCUGUCCGUACACGUCCGUUAUUCACUCGAGCAGCGACGCUUCUCACGGAGACGCUCAAGGAAUGGUAUCAGAAGAUCAGUCGUGAUCUUCGUGAUCAUGUUGUUGGGAGACUGGCCAAGGCGAUCNGCGUGUGCGACGCUGUCAAAAUCUGUCCGUACACGUCCGUUAUUCACUCGAGCAGCGACGCUUCUCACGGAGACGCUCAAGUUGGUAGUUCGUCUCUGUGGUCUGAAGUAUGCGGUGUUAUGCGCUUCAGAAGUGAUCAGCGAUGUGUUUUAUUUAAGGAAUGGUAUCAGAAGAUCAGUCGUGAUCUUCGUGAUCAUGUUGUUGGGAGACUGGCCAAGGCGAUCCUCUCAUCGCUGGAUCCGAUUGUCACCGACGAUCAGCGGAUUCGUGAUGCCAUCAAUGUUGCUCAAAAAGUGGAAACGGCCACGUUCGACUAUACGUGGACGGAAUUGACAGAGCGAUUCCUUGAUACUUGGAUGGGCAAUAUUGGGAACAGAAGUGCUGAGAUCGGCGUGCUUUCCAUUUUUCUGUAUGGUGACUCGAAAUGCGUGUCGCCCGAGGGCUCGAGAGGCUUAUCAUUGCAGGAAGAGUAUUAUCACUUGCUUACGCAGAAGAUAUGCGAGCUUCAGCAAAGCCGUCAAGAUUUGAAGGAUUCUGGACUUCGAGUUAUUGGAGGUGGCGAUGUUGCUGCCGGUGGUUGUGGAGCUGGAAAGUCAAGGGUACAGCGGAGUCGGCGUUACGGUUGUUCAGAAUGUGAGGCUCUAGAGAUUUAG